ACUGAGAGCAGCUUUUACAAUGUGGAACCUCAGCAGCUCCUGCACAUGAAGGAAACUUUCCUCGCUUUCUCCUUUUUUCCACAGUUUUUGGGAGCUACUGCACUGAUCUGCUUUGGAGCAUAUUUGUCCUGAAGUGACGCAUUAACUUGUUGGAACACGAGGAUAAUCUGACGCUUCUUUGAUGGAAUUUUGGAUGUUUUUCAGGUUGCAGCUGUUCUUCUAAUCUAGGUCUAACCUCUAGAUUCUUUUUUCCUCUUUUUUAAAAAUUAUUUCAAUUAGUUGCGUUCUGGUCCUGCCCUGGCACUCUGACUGCAGGAAUUAGUGACAGAGUACGCUGGUGCCUUGCUCGAGGGCACGUCUACCGUAGAUGUGUGAGACAGCAGAGGAUGAUGUGAUGAUGAUUUUGCUGAGAGGGAGGAUAGCUGUGGCGAGUGCGUAUCUGUGUUUCGUCUGUCUGCUCGCCGUGGUGUCGCAACCAGUCAGCAGACCCUGCAGCAAAGACAUCAUCAAGAGAGUCAAGUCCCUCAUCGAAAAAGAACCGCAACUGAGGGAGUUGAACUGCACACUGUACACGCCAACUGCCGAGGACUUCCGGAGGUGGUUGGACUGCAGACUGUACACGCCAACUGUCGAGGACUUCCGGCAGAAUUGCCCCCGCUCCACCCUGAAAUGUUUUGCUGAUGAACUUCAAGUCCUCAUCGAGGAGUGGGACCUCCACAGAUUAAAAAAAUUAAAACUGAACACCAGGGUCGAAAAUCUGGCACUAACUUUAAACCAGACGGACCCAGAGUGUCUUCAGUGUGAACUUCUGAAGGAGGAAAACGCAAAGAAGUUCCUCCAAAGUCUUCAAGAAACUAUUGAGAUGGCGAACUUGCGUGGCUGCCCCUGAUGCUGCCUAUAAGGACUUUUAAAGGACACUUAUAUUGCCUGUUUUCCUCUUCAUGAACUUUUCAUUUCGCCUGAGCACAAAUAAAGUGCAUGAUGUCUGAGCAUCCCGGUGGCAUUUCGUUUACUCAACACUCUAUGUGGCUAUUACCUGGCAUGUUUUUUGGGUCCGACCUCAGUCGAGGUUCCAGGCGAGCUGAGCUUCAAGGUGGAGUUAAAACACUGCAGACCAGCUAUCGGUUGGAGAAAAUCACUAGUGCAACAUCCUGCUCAAACCUGCAUUUUUUAGUAGCCAAGCUACCAUCAAUAGAGGCCGCAGUUUUUUUAUUCGCUCAAUACAGACUUUAAAUGUUGAUGCAGCACAAAUAUGUUGUAUAAUUGACGAAGUGCAGACACUUUCGUAAGAAAUCAUACAAAGCCAUUAAUGAGAAUAUGUUGUUUGGUGAUUAGAACAGCAGCUCGCAGUAAGAUUAGUAAGUUAAAUGUGGAAAAGGUGAGCAUUUUCUGCAUAUUUUUCAUUCAUAUGGGUGAAGAGAUAAAAUGCAGAGAAGAAAAACAUGGAGGAAGAAUCUGUGUGAUCACGUUGUAAUGCAAAUCCAGAUUUGGACAAAUGGAGCGAAGCCUGCACUGAUAAGAACAGCGCAGCUCAUGCAGAGUGUGUCUGUAAAAUGCUCUCACAGUUUUACAUAUUGGUCUGUUUUUAAUAAGUGCAGUAUGUCUGUUUAAUUUAAAUUGACACUUCAUCUCACAGUUCAUCCAGGGGCAGCUUCAGCACAUUGAACUGAAAUCUUCUUGCUGCUGCAGCUCUUUUCAUGAAAAUUAGCAGCGUGUUUCCAAUUUGAUUCCUGAGUUUAUCUUAUAUUCAGCCUUGUUCUUCACUGCCUUUUGUUGUUGCAUUGCUGUAUUUAUUGUGAAAUCACUGGCAGGAAUGUCAGUUGUGCAAAAGACAAA